AUGCUGACGGAGUCUGAUCAAAUCUCCAACAGUGGGGAUACACCGAAGCUCCGAGCUGCGUGCGAGAAUUGCAGGCAAUCCAAAGUGAAGUGUAAUUUAUCCGGGAAGGAUACGUGCAUUCGCUGCCUCCGUCAUGGACUACCCUGUCGAUACCGGCUGGCUAAUCGGUCUGGCAAGCCAAAAGGAAGCAAAAACCGGUCGACUCUCUGGAAACUGGGACAACUGCAGGCGAAGAAGAAAGACGCGUUGCGAACGAACGAACGAUGGACAGGCCCGGUAGAAGAGAAACACAUUCAGGUUAUAACGCCUAUUCCGCGGUACACGCAUGAUGAUGUCAGUGUAAUUGUAAAUGAGACGAGUCCCCCAGAGAUAGAGCAACCACAUCUAUCUGCAAGUCCGAGGCACCAUGAGAACCCUAUCGCCGACACAUCUACGAUGCUGCUAGCCGAGUCUGGUACAGAAUACCCUCCGCUGCACGGAGGCUCGCUCGCAGUAGUAGAGACCACCACCACCACCAGCCCCUGCAUCGACGCUUCAAUGUCUCCCACCUUCCUGCAAAAGGAGUUCAUCACCAAGGGCCUGACCAGCUUUCCUCUCGCCGUACACAUCCCGAACACCCUCCGGCCACCGUGUGACUGCAGCGAGACUCUGGUCUUCCACCUCAACCACCUCCGGCAGAUCGUAACCAGCCCCGCGCAGUUUCGGUUCGAUCAGAUGCUCCAGGGCGCACAGGCGGCGUUAUCCGGGUGUCGCGGGUUCCUGCAAUGUGCGCGCGGCCACAAGAAUAACAGUACCAGCCUGCUGCUCUGCAUGUCGACUCUAGAAGUAACUCUGCAAUUAUGCGACUACUGGACCUCGUGCGAGCUGCUUCCCUCGUCGUCUGGUCGAGCGAUCCACCACCAUCACCACCACCACCACCAUCACGGCGUGGUGACUGUGGGAUAUGGCGAGUACGAAAUGGGCCCCGAGGAGACGCGACGAGUCCGACGGUUCCUGAUCCGGGGACGGCUCCUACAAUGCAAGGAGACGCUAGGGUUGCUCGCGGAAGCUGCGGAACUAAACAUGGCAGAGGGCGUGGAAGGGAGCUGGAACUGGCUGCGGCAAAUCAUUGGGGGGUCAGAGGCGAUGACAGAUACAUUUCUCCAGGUGUUAUCUGGGGGGUGUAUUUGCAAUUAG